CCCUGACCAACUCCCACUCCAGCACCAUGAAUGCUUCCUUUGCUCAGCUCCAUUUUGCAGGAGGGUAUCUGCCUUCUGACUCCAAGGACUGGAGGACCAUCAUCCCGACUGUGCUGGUGGCCAUCUGCCUGGUGGGGUUUGUGGGGAACUUGUGUGUGAUUGCCAUCCUCCUUCACGGUGCCUGGAAAGGAAAGCCAUCUAUGAUCCACUCCCUGAUUCUCAAUCUCAGCCUGGCCGAUCUCUCCCUUCUGCUGUUUUCUGCACCUGUACGAGCUACAGCUUACUCCAAAGGUGUCUGGGAUCUAGGCUGGUUUGUCUGCAAGUCCUCUGACUGGUUCAUCCACACAUGCUUGGCAGCUAAGAGCCUGACAACUGUUGCUGUGGCCAAAGUCUGCUUCAUGUAUGCAAGUGACCCAGCCAAACAAGUAAGUAUCCACAACUGCACCAUUUGGUCAGUUCUGGCGGCCAUCUGGGCGGUGGCUAGCCUGCUGCCCCUGCCAGAAUGGAUUUUUAGCACCACCAGGCAUCACGCAGGUGUGGAAAUGUGCCUCAUGGAUGUGCCAGCAGGAGCAAAAGAGUUCAUGUCAAUGUUUGGUAAGCUCUACCCUCUCAUGGUAUUUUGCUUUCCAUUACUUCUGGCCAGCUUUUACUUCUGGAGAGCUUACAGCCAAUGUAAAAAACAAGGAACGAAGACUCAACAUCUUAGAAAUCAGGUGCGUUCCAAACAACUCACAGUGAUGCUGCUGAGCAUCGCCAUCACCUCGGCACUGCUGUGGCUCCCUGAGUGGAUAGCCUGGCUGUGGAUAUGGCACCUGAAGGCUGGAAGCCCAGCCCCACCCCAGGGGUUCAUGGCCCUGUCUCAAGUCCUAAUGUUUUCCAACUCUUCAGCAAAUCCUCUCAUUUUUCUAGUCAUGUCCGAAGAGUUCAAGGAAGGCUUGAAAGCCUUUUGGAAAUGGAUGAUCACUAAAAAUCCAUCUGUCUUGGAGUCUCCGGAAACACCAGCCGCCAACACUGAGGUUCCUGCUGACAAGGCUCCAUCCCAAGAGUCCCCAGCACCCAUUCCAGAGAAAGAGAAAGCUGGUAUUCUCAACUCAAGCAAAGACAAGACUGAGAAGGCCGAGAUUCCCAUCCUCCCUGAUGUAGAGCAGUUUUGGCAUGAGAGGGACACUGUUCCUUCAGUACAAGACAAUGACCCUAUCCCCUGGGAACAUGAAGAUCAAGAGAUGGGGGGCUGUGGUAAAUAG